AUGUUACCUGAAGACAUGAAGAAGGCAUCUGGUAAUGCCUGCGCUGCUUGUUCGACUGCUGCGCCAGAUUGCGAGGCUGCUCCUUCGACGACGAAGUCAUCGAUUGGCAGCACGUCAUCUGAAGACGAGCAGAAGGUGACAGACAGUGCCAACGCUGCUGCUGCUGGUGGUGGUGGUGCUUGUGAUAGCAACAACGCACCAGUGAUGUUGGGCAUGGUACGCAAGAGGGAGUUUUAA